AUGGCUAAAGAGACCCCUAAUUGGGAAGGUUUACUAAAAUGGAGUCUCUCUCACUCCGAUGGCACUGGUUCUGCUCGUAAUUUAAGUGAGGAGGAUAGGAGAUGGUUCAUGGAGGCUAUGCAAGCUCUGAGUGUUGAUGUUAUUAGAAGAAUGAAAGAGAUAACUCUUGUUAUGCAAACACCGGAGCAGAGUGUUGAUGUUAUUAGAAGAAUGAAAGAGAUAACUCUUGUUAUGCAAACCCCGGAGCAGGUACUGGAGUCUCAGGGAGUAACUCCUCAAGAUAUUGAAGAUAUGUUGGAUGAGCUACAAGAGCAUGUGGAGUCCAUUGACAAUGCCAAUGAUCUUCACUCCAUUGGUGGCUUAGUUCCUCUCCUUGGCUAUCUGAAGAACUCCCAUGCUAUCAUCAGAGCGAAGGCUGCAGAAGUUGUAAGUACAAUUGUCCAGAACAACCCGAAGAGUCAACAAUUGGUCAUGGAAGUUAAUGGCCUGGAACUACUCUUAUCAAAUUUUACUUCAGAUCCUGAUGUUACAGCGCGUACCAAAGCACUUGGUGCAAUCUCGUCUCUAAUUAGGCAUAACAGGCCUGGAAUUGUCGCCUUUCGCCUUGCAAAUGGUUAUGCAGCUCUAAGAGAUGCUUUAAGCUCUGAGAGUGAGAGAUUUCAGAGGAAAGCUCUUAACUUGAUUCAUUAUUUACUUCACGAGAAUCAUUCAGAUUGCGGUGUGGUAACUGAGUUAGGAUUUCCGCGCAUUUUGAUGCACCUGGCAUCAAGCGACGAUGGAGAAGUACGUGAAGGUGCACUUAAAGGCCUUCUUGAGCUAGCUCGCUACAGGUUGGGCAAUGCGGAUGCUAGUCAAAGUGAAGAAGACGACAAACUGAAGCAAACAUUAGAAGAACGGAUUAAGGGGAUCAGCGAGAUGUCAGCUGAAGACCUAGGUGCUGCCCGAGAGGAAAGGCACCUUGUAGACUCCCUUUGGAGUACCUGCUAUAAUGAACCAUCUUCUCUUCGAGAGAGGGGGCUUCUUGCUCUCCCAGGAGAAGAUGCACCCCCGCCAGAUGUAGCCAGUAAGCAUUUUGAGCCUCCUCUUAGAGCUUGGGGUGCAAACCGGAAUCCUGAUGCGAAUUCUAGUACCGACAAGGAGAAAAAGGAGGCGCCACCAUUGUUACUCGGUCCAGGACCCUCAUCUGGCAAUGCUUCCUAA